GGCCCAGGCCGCCCGCCCGCCGGCUCCUGGCACCUGUGGCGGCGGGCAGAUCCCUGGCCGGCCCCGCGCUGCCCCGGGCUGAAACGACACCGGUCCACCGCCCACCAGGGCGACCUCGGCAACCCUGACAGCGACAGACCGUCCCAAGUGACCAGAAAGGCCCCCCGGGUGACCCAGCGCCUUCCAGGCUCUUUCUGGAUGCGGGCGCCUGGCGAAGGAGCUGGCUGAACGCUCUGGCCUUCACCUUCCAUUCCCUGCUGACCACACCUCCCCGAGCGCCCAGGCUGCCCGCAGAGCAGGCGAUGCUUGUGCCAGCACAGCCAGCUCCCCAGGAUCUUGGCCUGACCGCCAGGAUGAAGGUGAGGCGGGCAACCAGGACCUUCGUGCGGAAGCCUCGCCGUCUUAAAGAUGGGGGCCUGGGGCCUGACACCCCCUCAGGUGGCAGCGGUGGGAGCGAGAGUCAGGAGGGAGAAAAUGCUCAGGAGAGGAGCAGCAGCCCACCGCGGCCAGCAGUCUCAGCUCCCAAGCGGGCCAGUGAAGUCGCUGAGGAGACUGCAUCAGGACGGCAGAAGCUGCAAGCCCGACAGUUAAAACAGCAGCCGGAGCAGCAGCCACAACCGCAGCCACACAGCCAAGGGCCAGGGCCUCAGCCAGCGCCGCAGCAGCAGCAAGAUGGGCAAGAGCCGCUGCCCCAACCGCAGCCAGAAUUGCAGGAAGAACCCCAGUCUGCGCAACAGGGGCCGCUGAAACCACGGCUGCGGCUGAUGCCGCGGCAGAAACAGUCACGGGAGCAGCACAGGCAGGUGCGACGGCGGUCACGGCUGCGGCAAGAACGGUUCCAGCGGCAAGAACGGUUCCAGCGGCAGGAACUGCAGGAAAAGCCCCUGUGUGUGCAGUAUGAGCAGCAGAAGCAGCUGCAGCAGCAGGAACAAUCAGAGGUGGGGCAAGUGCAAGAACAGCAGCUGCCACAGCUGCAGCAGGAGCUGCAACAGGACUUACAGCAGGGAUGGCCACAGCUGCCACAGCAAGCGGUACAGCAGCUGCAGCAAGCGGUACAGCAGCCGCAGCAGCUACAACAGCAGGAGCCAUUACAACCACAGCAGGAGUCACUGCAACCACAGCAAGAACAGUUGCAGCAGCAGCAGCAAGAACAGCUCCAGCACCAAGAACAGUUGCAGCAACAGCUGUUGCAGCAGCAAGAAUUACAGCGGAGACAGCAGCAACAGCAGCAGGAACAGUUACCACAGCAGGAGCAGUUACAGCUGCAGCAGCAGUUGCAGAAGCAGCAGGAGCAGUUGCAGCUGUUGCAGCAGCAGCAAGAACAGCUGGAGCUGUUGCUGCAGCAGCAGCAGCAGUUGCAGCUGCAGCUGCAGCCCCGGCCUCUAGGGCCGGAAGACGAGGAGGAGGUGGAGCUGGAGCUCAUGCCGGUGGACGUGGAGUCUGAUCAGGAGCUGGAGCGCCAGCGUCAGGAGCUGGAGCGGCAGCAGGAGCAGCGUCAGCUGCAGCUCCAGCUGCAGGAGCAGUUGCAGCAGCUGGAGAAGCAGCUGGAGCAGCAGCUAGCGCAGCCGCCGGAGGUGCAGCUGGAGCUGACACCGGUGGAGCCUGGAGUCCACGCGCCUGAGCUGCAGCUGGAGCUGACCCCAGUGCCCCCCGAGCUGCAGCUGGAGCUGGUGCCGGCCGCCGCGGGGGCGCCCGCCGCGGUGGUGGUGGCGCCCCCAGGCUACGUGGUGCUGCAGGAGCUGAUGGUGCUGCCAGCGGCCGUGUCGGCCCCCUCGAUCGUGGCCGUCCCGGGCCCGCCGAGCGGCGCGGCCCUGACGCCGGCCCGGCCACCGCGGCGGCGGCGGCGCGCCCGGGACCGGCCGACCAUCUGCGGGGAGUGUGGCAAAGGCUUCAGCCGCAGCACGGACCUGGUGCGCCACCAGGCCACGCACACGGGCGAGCGGCCGCACCGCUGCGGCGAGUGCGGCAAGAGCUUCUCGCAGCACUCGAACCUGGUGACGCACCAGCGCAUCCACACGGGCGAGAAGCCCUACGCGUGCCCGUACUGCGCCAAGCGCUUCAGCGAGAGCUCGGCGCUCGUGCAGCACCAGCGCACGCACACGGGCGAGCGGCCCUACGCCUGCGGCGACUGCGGCAAGCGCUUCAGCGUCUCGUCCAACCUGCUGCGCCACCGCCGCACGCACUCUGGCGAGCGGCCCUACGCCUGCGAGGACUGCGGCGAGCGCUUCCGUCACAAGGUUCAGAUCCGCCGCCACGAGCGCCAGCUGCACGGCGCCGGCCGCUCCCGGGGCCUCGGGCUGCUCCGCGGCGCGCGCGCGGCCGCCGGGGGCGCCCCACGCGCCGAGCCCGCGGCGGACAAGGCGCCCUGACUCGAGGUCGGGGCUGGGGACGAGGGCGCCGAGGUCGGGGAGGGCGCCGCUUUCCCUGCACCCGGGAAGCACCGUGCGCGCUUGGAGGUCUUGACCGCGUGCCGCAACAUCCUGGAAUAUCGCUGGGACAUCGCUGGCAUCCUUCUUCCGGGCCAACUGAGUGACGGGCCAAUUCACCCUCCGAAACACUCCACGGGAGGAUAUCGACGAGGCUAAAGCGGCACGGAGGUGGCACAUUACUGCUUACAGCACGUGGUUCAGGGUCGUCUGCGGGUACCAAUAGGUGAGAAGUUGGCCAGUUUCUCCCCCGGGGAAAUUGGACUUGACUGGAGUUGAGAGCCAUGGGGGGAAACUCCCAACGGCAGGUCGAGACGAUGGGUGACAUUCGACAGAGCUCCAACACUAACCAGGGAAGCCGACAUACGUGGUAAAACACACGUAAAAGGGUCCUGGUGAAAAUUACUUCAUGGGGGAAGAGGAAAUUUAUCUGCACUACAUAGAAAACUGAUCAAGGCAUUCAGUUAUCCUCAGUGGCUUUUGCCUUCAAAAUACUUCCGCUAAUGAAAGUUCAUCAGGGUGGAUGAAAAUCUGAUGUAAAUGUUUUAUGUUCAUUAACACAAGGUCCCAGCGUCCACUGGGUCAAUGUGCAAAGGCCAGGAAGUGCACUCUGGGCGAAGGUGAAACCUGUCCAGGGCCACACCCAAACAAGCCUCCGAGGCAGGGCUGGGGCUCCCAGGCUCACAGACGGUCCCUAAAUCCUCCUGAAUAGAAGCCAGGGGCGGAAGCAGAGGGCAUCCUGUGAGUGCUGUCCAAGGUCCUAAGGGGGUGGUCCCUCCAUCGCUCCCAAAGACCUCCCCUUAGCGCCCACCUGCCUUGCCUUCUCAGAAGCCAGUGCACGCACUGCGGCUUGGGGGCUGGGACCUUGAGAUGCAGAAGCAGGUUCUCCCAGGCCAGGCCGCGCAGAGGGCCGGCCCAAGUAGACCCUGCCUCGUCACGGGGGGCCAGAAGGAAAAUGCUGGGGACAAGGACGGGAGGCAACAGAAAUGCUCUUUAUGGCGAUUUUGUGAAUGUCUGGGGGUCAGUCGGAGCAGCAGCAAUCUCGAUGUCUCGUGGGAGGGCAGGGUGAUGUUGUGGGGGCACCUGAUACCUCUGGUCCUUCCGGCCCUUCCUGCUCCUGACUCCCCCGCGUGGCUCCUUAGACGCUGCCUGACUCCCCUCCCUGCUUCUCCUUUACUAGCACAGCCUGCUCUGUUUUACCAACGUGUUGGUAAGUGAGAAACAAAAUAAACAAAAAUGAGGAAA